AUGACAUACACUCUCUUUUAUUUCCUAUUGUUCUCAGUUAUCUGUGGUGGGACAGCACUGUACCUCACUCGGUCACGAUGGGCACCACUAGUCCAAGUGCCUGAUUACCUCUAUCACCGUCUUCCCUCCAGUUUCACUGCCGAUUUAGAGGCUGGCCUGAACUCAUCACAAUUCGACAUCUCUGCCAAUAUCGCAGAUGGGGAUUCACGAGCUGGCUUGGACCCACAAGCAAAGACCGAAGUGAGAAAAAUUAUGAAGAGUCGAAAGGUCAAUUUUGACGAAGCACGUCGGAUUUACACGGAGCAACGAUUCGCAAAGAACAACAUCGGACCUGACGGCCGGCCGAGAGACCCUAAGUUUGUCUCAUUUUCUUGA